AUGUUCUCGGUUGUCCGGUGGCAAAUAUUGAUGUGGCUCAAAUCAAAAAUCAAGGGCAUUCCCACCAAAUUCUUCAUUGGGGAGACGCUUCAAAACAAUGAGGUCAGCCACGUGGUGUAUGAGGACUUCUUACCCCAAGCUUUGACGGAAGGGACAUAUGUUACGGCGCCGGAACCCUUCGUCGUUGGCCAUGGUCUUGAGUAUAUUCAGGAGGCAUUUGAUGUCCAGAAGAAAGGCGUGUCGGCGAAGAAGGUAGUUGUGACUUUGAUAUAUUCAAGAGACCGGGAUGGAAUGGCAUAUGGACUGGCUGUCGAACAACUGAGACUAGCCAUUAGCAAAGGACGAGCUAAGUGCGUGGCACGAUUGGGCAAUAGUAGCGUCUAUGAUGGAUUGCAUUCGAGCUUUUUGGAGAAAGCGUUGGCGACUGGGACGCAGAGUGUCACGCUGGCUGUGGGUCAGGCGCUGCCGGCGGCGGAGGUUGGAGUGGGGAAGUUGAGUAAGGGUGGGUCCAUGCUGCGGCAAGAGGUUAAAGGAGCGGUGAAAGAGAUUGGGUUGGACGAGGUAUAUCAAGAGAAAGGAGCUGCGCAAACCGUUGACAGAGCUCUAUGGACUGAACGCACUGACUGGUCUAGCAGUGUCACAGCUCCAGCCUCGUCGCGCUACUGA